GCUAAAUACAAUUUCUUCAUCAUUUCCUGGACUGAGUUGUCUUGUCAGUGAGCUUCACAGGAGUUUAAUUCAGCAGAAUAGGCAACAUCUUGCAUUAGAUCCUGACCGGAUCCCUAAAAACAGUGCAGUGAUUAAAUUUGCUGAAGCACUAUCUAAAGCAUGGAAUGAAUACAACAACCCCAGGGCUGUGGUUAUGUUUGUGGUUCAAACUGAAGAGCGCAACAUUAACACACAUCAACUGACAACUAUUCGAAAGACACUGGCAGAAAUUGAUGCACUAGGAAAGCUUUUACCAGAUGGUACACUUGUCGUAGAUGGUCAAGUCAAUGCAGUUGUUUACUUUAGAGCAGGAUAUGCUCCGGGUGAUUAUGACUCAGAAUCUGAAUGGAGAGCAAGGCAUCUUAUAGAGCAGUCCAGUGCGAUUAAGUGCCCUUCAAUAGCUUAUCACUUGGCAGGUACCAAGAAAGUUCAACAGGAGCUCGCAAAGCCGAAUGUACUUGAGAGGUUUCUUGACAGUGAAGACGACAUUUCCAAAUUGCGAAAAUGCUUUGCAGGCUUGUGGAGCCUUGAUGAGUCUGAUGUGAUAAAGGAUGCGAUUCAAAGGCCUGAAUUAUAUGUUAUGAAGCCUCAACGAGAAGGCGGAGGAAACAAUAUUUAUGGUGAUGAUGUAAAAGAAAGUCUUCAGAAGUUGCAGAAGGAAGGGAGUGGAAAUGAGGCAGCUUACAUCCUCAUGCAAGAAUUUUUCCUACUUUGUCUAAAGCAAUCCUAAUGCGAGAUGGUAUCCCUCACAAAGAGCAAGUGUAUCCGAACUUGGGAUAUAUGGUGCUUAUUUAAGGAAUAAAACAAAGGUAAUAAUAAAUGAGCAAUCUGGUUACCUGAUGAGAACAAAGGUCUCUUCUUCAAACGAGGGUGGGGUUGCUUCAGGCUUCGCGGUUUUAGACGGUGGUAUAUAUUUGGUUUGAUAUAUUUUAUACCCUCUGGUAUAAGGGAGUGUUUGCAAUCACUUAAAAAAAAGCACUUCUCAGCUUUUGGUUUAAAAAAGCACUUAUUUACCAAACACUACCAAUUUUUACUUUUUCUCGGCUUGCGUGUGAAAAGUGCUUUUCCCCUUUCUAUUACACAAAAAGCACUUAUUUUACCAAACACUAUCAACUUUUACUUUUCAAAAUCACUUUUUUCUCAAACACUAUCAACUUUUCCUACUAAUCACUUUUUCCUUACAUCUCCAAAAGUGCUUUUUUUUAAGCAGAAGCAGUUGCAAACACUCCCGAAGUGUGGCACCUCUAUGGACUCGGGUCUAUCACUGUUUGGCUCAACAGAAUAAUUACAUUGGGUUUUGAAUCCCCUUG